AGCAAAGAACGGAUGUAUAGAGAAUAAUGCGUCAGUAUGGUUUUAAUUGGCCGGAGAAGUUGCAAUGCAAACUAUUUCCUAAAAGGAAUGAAAAUCCUUUAUGUUUACGAAAGCAUGCUGACAUUACAGUCUUUGUUCAACAGAAUGCUGUGUCGUCUAGUUCCAACUCUAACACAAAAACACAAUCUUUCUUUACAACUCCUCCAACUUCAGCCAAAACGUCAACUUCAAAUAAAUGUGAAGAUCUCACAAUACCUAUUUGCAAGAAUCUUGGUUACAACAAGACGUUCGUGCCCAACAGAUUUUUUCAUGAAACCCAAGAAGAAGCAGCCGCGGAAUUGCAUAAGUAUUGGCCACUUAUCAGUAUAAGAUGUUCUUCCGAUCUUAAAUUCUUUCUUUGUUCUCAAUAUGCUCCUGUUUGUAAUGGAAACCCCACAAUGUUACCAUGUCGAAGUAUUUGUGAAAAAGCAAAGAACGGAUGUAUGAGAAUAAUGCGUCAAUAUGGUUAUGAAUGGCCGAAGAAGUUGCAAUGCAAACUAUUUCCUAAAAGGAAUGAAAAUCCUUUAUGUUUACGAAAGCAUGCUGACAUUACAGUCUUUGUUCAACAGAAUGCUGUGUCGUCUAGUUCCAACUCUAACACAAAAACACAAUCUUUCUUUACAACUCCUCCAACUUCAGCCAAAACGUCAACUUCAAAUAAAUGUGAAGAUCUCACAAUACCUAUUUGCAAGAAUCUUGGUUACAACAAGACGUUCGUGCCCAACAGAUUUUUUCAUGAAACCCAAGAAGAAGCAGCCGCGGAAUUGCAUAAGUAUUGGCCACUUAUCAGUAUAAGAUGUUCUUCCGAUCUUAAAUUCUUUCUUUGUUCUCAAUAUGCUCCUGUUUGUAAUGGAAACCCCACAAUGUUACCAUGUCGAAGUAUUUGUGAAAAAGCAAAGAACGGAUGUAUGAGAAUAAUGCGUCAAUAUGGUUAUGAAUGGCCGAAGAAGUUGCAAUGCAAACUAUUUCCUAAAAGGAAUGAAAAUCCUUUAUGUUUACGAAAGCCAGCUGACAUUACAGUCUUUGUUCAACAGAAUGCUGUGUCGUCUAGUUCCAACUCUAACACAAAAACACAAUCUUUGUUUACAACUCCUCCAACUUCAGCCAAAACGUCAACUUCAAAUAAAUGUGAAGAUCUCACAAUACCUAUUUGCAAGAAUCUUGGUUACAACAAGACGUUCGUGCCCAACAGAUUUUUUCAUGAAACCCAAGAAGAAGCAGCCGCGGAAUUGCAUCAGUUUUGGCCACUUAUCAGUAUAAGAUGUUCUUCCGAUCUUAAAUUCUUUCUUUGUUCUCAAUAUGCUCCUGUUUGUAAUGGAAACCCCACAAUGUUACCAUGUCGAAGUAUUUGUGAAAAAGCAAAGAACGGAUGUAUGAGAAUAAUGCGUCAAUAUGGUUAUAAAUGGCCGAAGAAGUUGCAAUGCAAACUAUUUCCUAAAAGGAAUGAAAAUCCUUUAUGUUUACGAAAGCAUGCUGACAUUGCAGUCUUUGUUCAACAGAAUGCUGUGUGGUCUAGUUCCAACUCUAACACAAAAACACAAUCUUUCUUUACAACUCCUCCAACUUCAGCCAAAACGUCAACUUCAAAUAAAUGUGAAGAUCUCGCAAUACCUAUGUGCAAGAAUCUUGGUUACAACAAGACGUUCGUGCCCAACAGAUUUUUCCAUGAAACCCAAGCAGAAGCAGCCGCGGAAUUGCAUCAGUUUUGGCCUCUUAUCAGUAUAAGAUGUUCUUCCGAUCUUAAAUUCUUUCUUUGUUCUCAAUAUGCUCCUGUUUGUAAUGGAAACCACACAAUGUUACCAUGUCGAAGUAUUUGUGAAAAAGCAAAGAACGGAUGUAUUGGAAUAAUGCGUCAGUAUGGUUUUAAAUGGCCGGAGAAGAUGCAAUGCAAACUAUUUCCUAACAGAAAUGAAAAUCCUUUAUGUUUACGAAAGCCAGCUGACAUUACAGUCUUUGUUCAACAGAAUGCUGUGUCGUCUAGUUCCAACUCUAACACAAAAACACAAUCUUUGUUUACAACUCCUCCAACUUCAGCCAAAACGUCAACUUCAAAUAAAUGUGAAGAUCUCGCAAUACCUAUGUGCAAGAAUCUUGGUUACAACAAGACGUUCGUGCCCAACAGAUUUUUCCAUGAAACCCAAGCAGAAGCAGCCGCGGAAUUGCAUCAGUUUUGGCCUCUUAUCAGUAUAAGAUGUUCUUCCGAUCUUAAAUUCUUUCUUUGUUCUCAAUAUGCUCCUGUUUGUAAUGGAAACCCCACAAUGUUACCAUGUCGAAGUAUUUGUGAAAAAGCAAAGAACGGAUGUAUGAGAAUAAUGCGUCAAUAUGGUUAUAAAUGGCCGAAGAAGUUGCAAUGCAAAAAAUUUCCUAAGAGAAAAGAAGAUCUAUCAUGCUUACGAAAGCAAGCCGACAUAAAAGUCUUUGUUCAACAGAAUGCUUUGUCGUCUACUUCCAGCCCUCGUUAAACCCUACAAUCUUUGGGUCCAGAUUUACCAACUACAGAUUUUUUUUAAAUACAUGUAUAUGCACGAAAAUACGAAAAGCCAGCAUUGUAGUUGUGCAUACAUUAUUUGAUUUUGGUGUUUAUCAUAUGCGCUGCAUGGAGAAACCAAAAAGAAAAACUGCAACAGUUAUGUUUCAUCAUUUUGAUAAAGUAAUUUGACUUUAUUAGUAGUUUGAUUGCCUAUGCAUGCGUUUUAUUGUGUAGUAAUUCUUUGUCGCUAAAUAUGUAAGCAUCAUCAUCGGUAUCAACUAGCUAUAAGUCUGUGAAAAGUUUUGGAUCUUGUUAGACAAAAUGUUGUUGUUGCUGUCAGUACAUUAACUUUACAAUAAAAAUUGCUGGUAUGUUUAAAAAUAUUUUUCCAAGAAACUCUGUUUUCAUUGCAUGUUAAUUUGCUUUCGUUAAUUUUGUGUUUCCAAGGAUCCAAAUUUUAAAGUCCCUAACUUUCUUCGUGUUUUUGCUCAGUUGUUUCGAAAAUUUGAAAGUUUUAUAGCAAUAAAAAAGUUUCAUCAAAUUGAGUUUAAACUAGUGGAGCUUGUUCUAUCAAUAAAUUUAAGAAAUUCCAAAAUAAAUCAUCAAAAUAUA